AUGGCUACCGGUGGAGCUACAGGAGACCAGGUGGAUGGCCAUUUCACUGGUGCUGCUGCUCUUCGUUUUGAGAGGCCGGGAGUCUUCGAUUCCGAGAAGGAUGAGUGGAAAUUUUACUGCAUCCGAUUCAGAGCAGCCCUGCAAGUAGCUCGCAUCACAUCGGAAACCGACAAACGGAGUCUUUUGAUUUCUUCUCUGAAUGCUGCGGUUUUCAAGCGUCUGUACCACCUUCUUCAACCGAGGAAUAUUACGGACGUUCCAUUUGAGGAUUUGGUGACUGCGCUGGAUGAGCAUUUUGCUCCGAAGAGGUUCAAGGAGUUUGAAAGGGCCAAGCUUUUUUCGUGUCGACAGGAAGAGAACGAACCCGUAAAGGAUUUCCACAAUCGCCUUCGUGCAAUUGUAGCAGCUUGUGAAUACGAGACUGAGACUGACAUCCGUUCGUGUUGCCUGCUGACAGCUUUCAUAGUCGGCCUUCGAGAUCAGCGCAUUCGGGCGAAGCUGGUACUGGAGAAAAACCUUACCGUUGACAUAGCACUACGACUUGCCGAAAGCAGCCUAGCAGCUGAAGCUGGAUCUCGUGACUUGGACACCUCAUUCGCUGGAAACGUUGGAAAGGUUUUUCUACCACCAAAGCAGAAUACAGUUAAGUGCUUUCGUUGUGGGAACCACAACCAUGACGCUGGUAACUGUCGGUUCCGCAAUGAGUCGUGUCACGAUUGUGGAAAGCGAGGGCACAUCGCCAGUAUGUGCCAGCAAAGAGGGCGUACAUCGCAGAAGCCAAGGAACAAAUCUGCUUUAGCGAGAAAAGUCCAAUCUGUCACGAUCUCCAAUGUCUUCUCCGUGGACGAGAAUGACGGAAGAUUCAUUACAUGCCGGAUAUCGGGCUACAAGAUUUCUCUUCAGGUCGAUACAGGGUCCAAAGCAACGCUGUUGAACAAAGCGAGUUGGGAAAUGCUAGGUAUGCAAGAACUUCUGCCAGUGCAGCACCGCCUGCAGUGCUUCAAUCAAAAACCGAUCAACGUCCUUGGAAGAGCACAACUGGAUGUCCGCUGGAAGGGACACAGUUUUAAGUUGGAAGCAAUUUUCACUGAAGCUAAUGCGAUCAACAUCUUGGGCAGAACUUGGAUGUCCGCUCUUCGGCUCGACUUGAACAAGCUGUUCGUUUGCGUCGCGGGAAGUUCCCCGGUCUUGGGAAGUAGCCUCCAAGAACUGGUGACGAAGUACCCAGCUGUAUUCCGAGACGGUCUGGGAAGAUGUACAAAAACGAAAGUUCAUCUUGAGCUCAAAUCUGACAGCCAGCCAAAGUUCUUCAAAGCACGACCAAUACCAUUCUCUAUCCGUACGGCUGUAGAACGCGAUCUAGAGCGACAGGUGGCUAAUGGAGUGCUAUCCCCGAUUGAAACGUCCGCUUGGGCUACGCCCAUCGUCGUUGUCCCCAAGCCAAACGGCGCAGUUCGCGUAUGCGGUGAUUUCAGCGUGACGGUAAAUCCGCAGCUAGACAUUGCACAGUACCCUCUUCCGCGUCCAGAAGAGUUGUUUGCUAAGCUGAAUGGAGGGGUCAUCUUCUCGAAGCUCGACCUAUCAGAAGCAUACCUUCAGAUGGAGCUAGACGACGAUGCAAAGAAGGUAUUAGUCGUCAACACUCACAAAGGACUUUUUCAAUUUCAUCGAAUGCCUUUUGGCAUAGCUUCCGCACCUGCCAUAUUCCAGAGAACGAUGGAGCAAGUUACUGCUGGACUGGACUAUAUAGCAUGUUACUUGGAUGACAUGAUCGUCACUGGAACUACGUUAGAGCACCAUCUUUCCAACCUAGCGAAGGUUUUCCAGCGUCUCAGUGAUUUUGGUUUCACUUUAAAGAAAGAAAAAUGCGCCUUCUUCAAGCAAGAAGUCGAGUACCUGGGCCAAAUCGUUUCAAAGGAAGGCUUUCGACCAUCGCCCAAGAAGAUUUCAGCUAUACUGAAUAUGCCCGAACCACGUAAUGUUUCGGAACUACGAGCGCUAUUGGGCAUGAUUCAGCACUAUAACCGGUACAUACCUGGAUUGGCAGACAUCUGCUCACCAUUUCACGAGUUGCUCCGUAAAGAGUCUCGCUGGUACUGGUCUUCCGAAUGCGCCGAAGCUUUUGAGACGGUGAAGCUCAAAUUAUCAGCGCCCGAGUCCUUAGCGCACUACGAUCCAGCAAAACCACUGUUUCUUGCUACUGACGCAUCAUCCGAAGGACUGGGGGCAGUCAUCUUUCAUAGGAUUGAUGGCAAGGAGCGUCCCAUCGCCCGCGCUUCCAAGACGCUCACCUCUGCCGAGAAAAAGUACGCUCAAAUUGAGCGAGAAGCGCUUGCCAUCAUCUUCGGCGUCAAGAAGUUCCAUGAGUACUUGUGGGGACGAAGGUUCACUCUAUACACGGACCACAAGCCUUUGACAACCAUCUUUGGUCCGUACAAGGGUAUACCGGUAACGGCCGUCAAUCGUUUACAGAGGUGGGCCCUCAUCCUAAUGAGUUACUCAUACGACAUUAUCUACCAGCCAACGACAGACAUUGGAAAUGCUGACGGCUUGUCACGCCUAGCAGUAGGGCCGGAUCCGCAAUUCGACAAGUUGAUCCAGGAGGAAGUCAACCACGUUGAUGUUCCGCCGUCUCAUCUUGCCGAUAUCAGUUUCCCUAUCCCUGCUGAUGACAUUGCCAAGGAAACAGCUAGGGAUCCUCUCUUUUCACGCCUAUACCGGUACAUUCUGGAAGGAUGGCCUUCUCAUGUACCUCCGGAUGCUGAACCGUUUGCUGCCCGACAAACUGAGCUCACAGUGCUUAGCGAGUGUAUCGUCUGGGGGAUGCGAACGGUGGUUCCGAAGAAGUUCAGGUCUAAGGUCCUAGAUGUCUUGCAUUCCGGUCGCACCGGCCAGACGAAGAUGAAGAUGCUUGCCCGGUCUUACGUGUGGUGGCCGAAGAUAGACAAGGACAUUGAGACCUUAUGCCGUAGUUGUGAAGAAUGUGCAGAGUUCAGUGAACAAAAGCGGCCUGUUCCCCUCCACCAAUGGGAGCCUCCAGCUGGACCAUGGGUUCGCGUUCAUUGUGACUUCGCUGAAUUCAAACAUCAGCAUUUCCUCAUUACUAUCGACGCCUACAGCAAAUGGCCUGAGGUGGCGUACAUGCCGACAACUUCUGCCUCCGCCACCACGACAUCGCUACAAGACAUUUUCGUCCGCCAAGGGUUUCCUGAGCAGCUGGUUACAGACAAUGGACCCCAAUUCACCAGCCAGACCUUCAAGGAUUUUGUAACACAGCAUGGCAUUCAACACGUUCUCACACCGCCUUACCACCCAAAGUCAAACGGACAAGCAGAAAACUUCGUCCGUACAUUUAAGUCCGCCUUGCGGAGGGGAGGAACAACCAAGGACGGAAUUCAAAAGUUCCUGACGCAGUACCGCGUCACACCACAUGCAACGACAGGCAAAUCUCCAUCUAUGCUCCUCAUGGGAAGACAAAUCAGAACGGCUAUUGACCUCUUGCGACCCGCCUUAGACACGCACCGCCUACAUGCUGCGACCAGGCAGAAACGGAAUUACUACCGGAGUGCGCAGGACAGUCUUUUUGAGGUUGGUCAACCAGUUUGGGCUGCUGAUCCGAUGGACAGGCGACACCGGGUUAAGGGAUCCAUAACCGGUAAAGUGGGCACGGUCAUCUACGAGGUCCAAUUCGCUGGUGGCCGGCAACGCAGAGUUCAUGCCGACCACUUGAAGACUCGCCUGACAGCCGAUAGCUCCGAACCGUCACAGACCCUUCCCUGGCCGGAGUCAGAGACGUCAUUGGCACCAGCCCCACCUACACAAGAGCACGGCGAUCCUCCCAGACCACCACCGGCACGCUAUCCCAAAAGAGACCGGAGACAGCCGUCCCGCUACGUUCCUUCUAUAGGGAAGGAAUGUAGUGGAUGA